UCAUUGGACACUGUAAAUGAAGGUAAUUAUAAGUCUGGUAUAGCAAGCAAACUCCAUUCCUCAGGUUGGUUCAUACAGCUUUCUUACUGGUAACAUCAUGUUAAUGUAGGUUCUUUUUCUUUAGGUCUAUGCUAAUCUUUUAUUCACAUUGGAGGUUGUUGGGGUUGGACACGAAGGGAACUCCUGAAGCCGGCUAAUCUGGGAAGCCCUUAUCAUCAAAGCUUGAUGGUUUCGGAUCAUAAUUCUAUGUUUUCCGUCUUUGACCCAGAUGAUGGAUAUGGAGUACUGACUCAGGUUUGCAAGGUUCACAAGGUGAAAAGAAACCUAGAACUGCAGUUUUAAAGAACUGCCCCAACUGAUAAGGAGCAGCUGAACCUUGACUAGGUAGGUUUGUUGGCGGAAAUGAUAAGAAGCAUAGCAAAAAGAUGGCGGACUCUAAGCGGACAGGAUGACUGGAAGACCCUCCUGGACCCUCUUGAUAUUGAUCUCCGACAAUACAUUAUUCACUAUGGUGAAAUGGCUCAGGCAACCUACGACACUUUCAAUAGAGAGCCGAAGUCAAAAUUUGCUGGAAGUAGCAUAUAUUCAAGGCGGAACCUAUUCUCACAAGUUGGUUUAGCUAAACCCAACCCUUAUACAUACACGCCUACCAAGUAUUUAUAUGCCACAUCUGAAAUCAAGGUUCCAACAGCAUUUAUUUUGAAACCAAUUCCAAUUGACGCUUGGAGCAAGCAAUCGAACUGGAUAGGGUUCGUUGCGGUGGCCACAGAUGAGGGAAAGACUGCAUUAGGAAGGAGGGAUAUUGUGGUUGCAUGGAGAGGAUCCGUCCAGAUAGUGGAAUGGCUUAAAGAUUUUGAUUUCCCCUUGGCAUCAGCUUCCAUGAUAGUUGGGGAGAAGGGUAAUCCUUAUGCGCAUAGAUGUUGGGUUUCUAUCUACACUUCUCAUGAUCCCAAGUCACGGUUUAACAAACAAAGUGCGAGGGAUCAGGUAUAUAUAUAUAUUCCAACAGUCCUCAUUCCUAGUAUUUGUCAGGUAAUUUUGUCCGAGGUGAAGCGGCUGGUGGACAAGUACAAGGAUGAAGAAAUCAGCAUAACUAUUACUGGACACAGCUUGGGUGCAGCGCUUGGAACACUAUGUGCAGCUGACAUUGUUGCAAACAAAUUUAACAAGCCCAAAAACAAGCCCCAAAAGUCCUGCCCGGUAACCGCCUUUCUGUUUGGCAGUCCCCGUGUUGGAGACUUGAACUUCCGAAAUAUGUUGUUGUCUCUGGAAAAUCUUCACCUUAUACGAGUGACCAAUGUGCCAGAUAUAGUUACUACCUUGCCACCGGAGGGAUAUUACUCAGAAGUUGGACAAGAGCUAGUCAUUGACACACGAUUUUCAAACUUCUUGAAGUUUCCUGGAUGUUAUGAUACCUGGCAUAGCUUAGAGGCCCAUCUGCAUGGAGUUGCAGGAACACAAGGGAGCAAAGGAGGAUUCCAUUUGGAAGUAGAUCGCAGUAUUGCACUUGUGAACAAAAUGUUAGAUGCUCUGAAGGAUGAAUAUCCAGUGCCUGCUUCUUGGUGGUGUAUGAGGAAUAAAGGGAUGAAAGGUUCUUGGGAGUUGAAGGAUCAUGAGAAAGAUGAUAAUAAGCCUUGAUCAUAACUCAUUUGGCUAAUUGGUU